AUGUCCCCCAACGCGCCCGAAAAGUCGACGACCCCAGCCGAGGUAGCAUUUGCCAAUGACGCCGAGUCAUUCGUUCCGAAACCCUUGAUCAACGAUCUCCUGCGCACCCGCUACUGCAUUCCCGGUUCCAUCUUCCUCGUCGAAGAUGUCGAGUCGCUCCCUGUGCCACGGUCGAAACGAUGGAGGACCAUGCGGCUGAUGCUGGGGGAUGGCGAGCUCUGUAUACAGGCUCUCCUCCGUGGAGAGAUGCAUCGCUUCCUGGACACUGGAGGCAUCCGGGUCGGCUGCUACGUCCGCUUGGGAGAGUUUGCAAUUCGUCUCCAGGACCUUGUUGGUGACGGCGAUCGCUCGGGAGGGACUCGACAGAUGGUUUGUCUGAUUGUCCGUGACCUAGUUACUGUUGGAUGGCACAGAGCCCUGACAGAACCCGACGCGAUACCUCAAGCUCCGCCAGAACAGGAGACCGAAGACGAUAUUGUCUCCGACAGCGACGUGGAACCCGUCGCGAGUCCCACAAAAGCACGAGAGCCACGCCCGAUUCCGAUACCGACAUCGACUCAAAGGCCAAGAAUGGGACGCGCCCGUUCGACCGGGGCAACCGCAGAGAUUGACGAUGAAGACGAAGAGGGCUUCGAGGUCAUGAAAGUGUCGGAGACAAAGGCAACUCAACGCAGGGUGCAAGCGAAGAACAAGGGAGGGCUUGUGGCCCUGCCACGCGACUGGACAGAUCCAAAUAUGCCGCUGAAGCUUACUUCUUUGCGGUCCAUCCCAAACUUGCCCUACAAGCAAAACUGGUCUGUCAACGUUCUCGCCGUCGUCGCAUCUCUAUCCGAAGUCGAGCCGUCCCAUAUGCCACCGCACCACACACAAAGAACUGCCCGGCUCGUCGACCCGAGCACCAGCAAACAAGUCAUCUUAACCGUCUUUCUCGAUGCCGAGGCCUUCACCCCCAAGGUAGGGAGUGUUGUACUCCUCGUCGGAGUCAAGAAUCACCGAUUUGAUGGUGGUUGCCUCAAGAAAUAUGUCAGCGACAAGCCAAAUCCCGGCAAUCGGUGGUGGUUCGAGGAACCGCAGCAGUUUGACUGGUGCGACGUUGACGCCCUGAAGCAAUGGUGGGAGCAGUCGGGUCUACAAGGAAUGGCACUCGACGGCGCAUGA